AAGUAACAAUAAAGAUCAGCUCUCCUCCAUCAGAGAUUAAACGAUGAGAUCGGCGACAAGAGAGUAACCCUAGCAGCAGACACAACACUAGUUCAUCGAGAAGCAAGAUGACUUUCAAGCGUAGGAACGGUGGAAGGAACAAGCACAACAGAGGUCACGUCAAGCCAAUCAGAUGCUCCAACUGUGGCAAAUGUUGUCCCAAGGACAAGGCCAUUAAGAGGUUCAUUGUGAGGAACAUUGUGGAGCAGGCUGCUAUUAGAGAUGUCCAGGAAGCUAGCGUCUACGAAGCAUACACAUUACCGAAGCUAUAUGCAAAGACGCAAUACUGUGUCUCCUGUGCUAUCCACUCUCACGUCGUUAGAGUCCGUUCCCGCACCAACCGUAGGGUCCGUACUCCUCCACCGCGUUUUGCCAGACGCAAGGAGGAUACUCCCAAGCCUGGGCAACCAGGACAGGCCCCUCGUCCAGCUGGACCUGGACCUGCAGCUGCACCGCGUGUCUGAAACCUGCAAUCAGCUUCCUCUCGUGUUUUCUUAUGUUCUAGUUACUUCUUUGAGGAUGUUUGUCUCUGGUUCAGAUUGUUUUGCCAUGUGGAUCUUGAAUUCUGUCAAACUAUUUCAAUAGUUGAUUCAACUUUGUUUUUUGCACCUCUA